GGAAGAGCGUGCAGAAGGACCCUCUGCCGCCACUGCGUCAACUCCGCAUCCGUGCCGUGCCCACCGCCCGCCUGCCGGCAUGUCCUCCAGUCACUUCAACCGGGGACCCGCCUACGGGCUGUCGGCCGAGGUCAAGAACAAGCUGGCCCAGAAGUACGACCACCGACGAGAGCAAGAGCUGAGAGAGUGGAUCGAGGGCGUGACGGGGCGCCGCAUCGGGAACAACUUCAUGGACGGGCUCAAGGACGGCAUCAUCCUGUGCGAGUUCAUUAAUAAGCUCCAGCCGGGCUCUGUGAAGAAAGUGAAUGAGUCUACGCAGAACUGGCACCAGCUGGAAAACAUUGGCAACUUCAUCAAGGCCGUCACCAAGUACGGGGUGAAGCCCCAUGACAUCUUUGAGGCCAACGACUUGUUUGAGAACACCAACCACACGCAGGUGCAAUCCACGCUCCUGGCGCUGGCCAGCAUGGCCAAGACGAAAGGCAACAAUGUGAACGUGGGGGUCAAGUACGCCGAGAAGCAGGAGCGCAAGUUUGAGCCGGAGAAGCUGCGGGAAGGACGGAACAUCAUCGGGCUGCAGAUGGGCACCAACAAGUUUGCCAGCCAGCAGGGUAUGACGGCCUACGGUACCCGGCGCCAUCUCUACGACCCCAAACUGGGCACAGACCAGCCCCUGGACCAGGCCACCAUCAGCCUGCAGAUGGGCACAAACAAGGGAGCCAGCCAGGCCGGCAUGACCGCCCCUGGCACCAAGCGGCAGAUCUUCGAGCCGUCGCUGGGCAUGGAGCAUUGCGACACCCUCAACGUGAGUCUGCAGAUGGGCAGCAACAAGGGCGCGUCACAGCGUGGCAUGACGGUCUACGGGCUGCCUCGCCAGGUCUACGACCCCAAGUACUGCCUCACGCCCGAGUACCCGGAGCUGGAGCCCGCCCACAACCACCACCCGCACAAUUACUACAACUCGGCCUAGGGGCGCCCCCCUCCAGCCCUACCUCUUCCCAGGCCACCUGCUGCCAGCGGCCCUGCCAGCCCCUCUCCCUGCACACAGCCCUGACCCACUCACCCCCUCCCUCCCAUCCCUGCCUUGGCACCAGCCUACAGGGUUAAGAGUUUGAAGAGAAGCAGGCUGCGGGGUGGGGGUGGGGGAGAAAGCUGACCAGUCCGGGAGGGGAGGGGAAGGCUGCCAAGCUUGACCCGAAGCUGGCAUGCAUGCCUCCCCGCCUGCCUCCCCCAGGGGUGCCACCAGGACCAGAAGCUGAAAGCCCCCUCUCCCUCUUGCGCCUGCCCGGGGUGGAGUGGGGGCGGGAGAGGCAGGGACACCCCAACUCCCCUCCCUGGCCCAUGCUGAGACGCAGUGGACACUCGCGGUUAGGUUCGGAUCGACACGGCUGGGACGGCGACCGCGGCGUUUGUGACGCGAGCACUUGUUUUGUAAUUUCACUGGAGCACAAUAAAUAAAUGUCUGUAAAAAUC